GCAGCACUCAAUCCCUCCUCCCCUCCAGUCCUCCCCUCCGGUCCACAACUUGAGUUCUAUCAUGCGUGUCAACGUCUUGCUGAUGGCGCUCGCCACUCUCCUCGCCAGCAGCGGCGCUGUCCAGGAAUCGACUGAGACGCAGCUUUCAAGGAUGCUUGCGAUUCCAACAAUCGAUCAGAAGCAGGCGGCGAGUGCACGGUCGCGAUUUCUACGUGAGCACAAAGCGACCGCCGAGGAGAAUGAAGUCGACAACGAAAGCGAGGAGAAUGAAGUCGACAACGAAAGCGAGGAGAGCGACGGUAGCGAAGAGCGAACAGGUGUCAACAAGUAUGUCGUCGAUUCCGUGUCCCAUAUUGUCCGCGGAGAAAGCGCAGGGAAGCGCAGGAAGAUCAACUUACUUGGCGAAACCGUUCCUCAGAUCAAACGGGCAGGGUUUCCUGUUUCUGCCAAAGUUGAUGUGGAUGAUCUGUUAAACCCCAUCCGGCUUAAUGGACUUCUCGCUAGAGAUGACGAAUUGGAGGCUUCGCUCAUCCGCGUGUGGCGCUCCGCCUCCCCGGACUUACGGAACGCUGCGAUUCAAAAGAUUCUCAAUGACGGAAACCUCGCUGACUACCGUCAACUGAUCGAGGCGUUGCGGCAAAUUACCAGAUAAGACCAUGCUGGAUCCGUAGUUUUCCCAUCCAACUUCUGCGAGGAGAGCGUAUCCGGAUACUACUGUAGUAGUGUGGACAUGGCAUUUAGAGAUGAUAUGCCGGCUAAAAUAGAUCGAAGUAUCGUUUCUAAUUCC